CACAUAGCUUUGUAAACAAAACAGCCGUCCGUUUUGGCAACAACAAGUCAGCCCAAGUGUGUACUGGCAGCCUUAGCUAUUACAUUAGUUAGCUCAAUCUAUGCAAAAUAUCUAAUGAGUCCAGAUAAAAAAGAUUAAUCUAUCAAAUGGUUUGAACGAGCAAAUAUUAAAGGGGCAAUUCCUAGAAGAAAUACGCCAGGAGCCAAGCGCAGGAGACAACUCCAAAGCUGACCUUAGCUGAGCUGAGCAGAGCAGCAGGACACCAAGAAACUAUACGGCUGCGAUGGCCACGGCUGGCAUCCCUUCGCCGCGCGCCGGCGACUCGCCGGAGCCUUCCUCCUCCGUCGGCAGCGAUGGCGAAGGCGGCGAGCGCGAGAAGGUGUACCUGGCGGUCGGGAGGGAGGUGGCUGGAUCGAAGGCCUUGGUGCUUUGGGCGCUGCACAAGUUCCCCAAAGACGCCGCCGCCUUUGUGCUCAUUCACGUCUAUUCCCGUCCCAAAUUCCUCCCCAUUAUGGGUGCCAAGAUUCCAGCUAGCCAAGUGGGAGAGCAGGAGCUGAUUGCACACAAGAAGAUAGAGUUGCAAAGGAUCAGUGACAUUUUGGAUCAAAACCUGCUCUUAUGCGCGCAGGAAAAGGUCCAGGCUGAAAAAAUGGUGGUUGAAUCAGAUGAUGUUGCAGAGCGACUAGUGCAGCUCAUUUCUGAACAUCGUGUUACUGCUCUUGUCAUGGGGGCAGCAGCUGACAAGAAUUACACAAAGAAAAUGAAAGCUCUCAAGUCCAAGAAAGCACAAAUUGUAGAACAGCAGGCAGAUCCUUUCUGCAGGAUAUGGUACAUUUGCAAAGGAACACUUGUUUACCGUAGGAAGACUACUCCCCUUAGCCAUGAAGCAAUGCAAGAAGGCAGGCUAAAAUCUGGUGCUCAAAAGUUUUCAGUGGAUAGAUCAACUAGCUUGUCAGAGACGUGGUGUGUCUCAAACACAUGGCUACACAAACCAAAUCUUGAACCACAUAUCGAAAGGACUAGUCCAAACAGAUCCUGCGAUAAUGAAAAGGAAGAUGUUAAAGAAUACGACAAGCCUGACAAUAAAAUCCAGCAUAUACUCAGGGAGUUGGAGAGUGCAAGACAACAAGCUUAUGAAGAAAAAUGCAGUCGUGAGAAAGCAGAAAGAGAAUUAUUUGAGGCUUCCCAGAAAGCACAAGCCUCAGAGAAUAUGUACUUUGGAGAAGUGAAGCAAAAGAAUGAAAUAGAAGAAAAGUUGACAACAACAAUGGAGGAAGUUGAGAGGCUCACAGAAACAACAGAUGAACUUUGUGCAAAGCUUCAGGAGGAACGCAAGAAAAAAUUGGCCCUGGAGAAAAAAAUUGGCCAUUCUGACCGUAUCAUCAAGGAUUUGAUGUUGCAGCGCGACAAAGCUGUAAGAGAGGUAGAAGCACUGCGCGCAAAGAAAGGAGAGUCUAGUGCAACUGCGGAGGGGACAAUGCACAUCACACAGUUAUCCUGCUCAGAGAUUAAGGAAGCAACCAACAACUUUGAGCAAUCAUUGAAGGUUGGAGAAAGUGUAUAUGGAAGUGUGUACAAGGGCAUUCUUCGGCACACAAAUGUAGCUAUAAAGAAAUUAAAUCCUGAAAUCACACAGUCACAGUCGCAAUUCAAUCAAGAGGUAGAAAUUCUCAGCAGGGUGCGGCAUCCAAACCUGGUGACUCUUAUAGGAGCUUGCAAAGACACUCAAGCUCUUGUUUACGAAUACAUGCCAAAUGGAAGCUUGGAUGAUCGCCUGGCUUGCAAGGACAAUUCUAAACCUCUUGGUUGGCAGUUGCGCGCCCGCAUCGUUUCUGAUGUUUGCUCUGCGCUCAUAUUCCUCCAUUCUAAUAAACCCCAUAGCAUAGUUCACAGUGACCUCAAAGCAUCUAAUAUUCUUCUUGAUGGAAACAAUGUAGCUAAGCUCAGUGGUUUUGGUGUUUGCCGAAUGUCCACUGAUGAGUUUAGAGACACCACCACUCUAUAUAGGCACACCCACCCAAAGGGAUCUUUUGUGUACAUUGAUCCUGAAUAUGUUAUGACUGGGGAUCUGACACCCCUAUCUGAUGUAUACUCUUUCGGAAUCGUGCUCCUGCGCCUCUUGACUGGAAGACCAGGAUUCGGGCUGUUGAAAGAUGUGCAACGGGCGGUGGAAAAGGGUUGCUUGGAAGCAAUAUUGGAUUCAUCUGCUGGGGACUGGCCAGCUAUGCAGGCUGAGCAAUUGGCUCGGGUAGGUUUGAGAUGUUGUGAAAUCAGAAGAAAAAAUCGUCCUGACCUGAAAACGGAGGUUUGGACUGUACUUGAACAGAUGUUGCAGUCUGCUUCCACUAGGCUAUGUUCCUUGUCAUUUAAAUCAGUAUCAGAAGACCUUGGUGGUGUGCCAUCCUAUUUCAUUUGUCCAAUAUUACAGGAUGUCAUGAGGGAGCCUCUAAUUGCUGCAGAUGGUUUUACCUAUGAAGCCGAAGCUAUAAGGGAGUGGAUUGACAGUGGCCACCAUACGUCACCCAUGACAAACCUUGAGCUACUCCACCGUGAUCUUUUGCCGAACCAUGCCCUCCGUUCUGCAAUCCAAGAAUGGCUGCAGACAAAUGCAAAUUAAUAUGUUAGCUUUAUCACAACAGAACUUGGAAAUGGAAAAUUACUGUGUGCUUAACUCCUUGCGCAGAUUAAUAGGCACAAACCACAAGAAUUAAAUGCUCCCGCGCGUAUUCUGAAAGAAAGAAUAAAGGUACAGACAUUGAUUUUUGUUUUGUUUCUUGAGCAAAAUUUGUAUGUAAAAUGUAAUGACUUGGAGCUCCAUCAGUGACAUGCUGGACUUUGUAAAUGGAUUUAUAAAAAGAAAAGUUUUCUGGUAAUGAUAUUGCUGUUACAUA